AUGAGGGUGCAGGAAGUUACUACAAACCCUCCUCCUUCCGCCGUCAAAGAAUCCUCAGAAUCCUGGAGCAGAACAUCGAAGCAAACUUUGCAUGCUCACCCCGCGCGGGCCACCAGACCGGGCGGGCAGCGGGGACCGCCAGCUCCACGAUCAAGGCCAGGGUCAGGCCCACUCCCCCACCGGGCGCUCGGGCAAUCCGGCCACGGCCGCGGGGAGCUCGGCGCGUCACCCCGGCCUCGCCCCCCGCCCCGCGGCGGCCUCGGCUCCCAGGGCAGGGAAUCGAGGCUGCGCUGCGCCGCGCUGCGUUCGCACCCGACCCGUGCGCUUGGGGUGCCGCCGGAGGAACCGAGGCCCGGGCCGCGCCCCUCCUGGCCCCGGCCCAGCCGCCCUCGGAGGGAAAGUUGUUGCUCAACCCUGAGGAAUGCGGAGCCACAGCGGCGGCGGGAGGAAGCGGCGGGAGAUUACGACGACAGCCGCCGGGGACCGCGCCGGGGCGGCGCGCGGCGAACUUCGCCCGAACAUAAACAGCGGCCCAGGCCCGGGAAGCGGCGCCGCCCGAGGCUCCCGCGGACCCGCAGCCUGGAGGAAACAGGAAGAUGGAUCCUGGAGAUACUGAACUUUCCUGGAGGAGGAGGUGGAGAAGGAGUGGGAACAAACACUGAGCGAAAGUCAGCAUUCUGAAUUGUGUUCCUCAGCCUGCUCGCCACAUGCCGCUCCCCACUUCCAAUGCUACACCCAGCUCUAGGACUCUGGGCAGGUGGUGGGCUUCCAGCUGGAGACUAGACUCAAGGACCUUUCCAGAAAAAAACAAGCUUGCGCCAUCGAUACUGACCUUUGGGGCUCCCCAGUAAAAGAGUCCAGCCAGCCACCUGCCCUGUGGGCCCUACCGUAGCCCUAUGGUAUGGGGCCCUACUGUAAGCCCACACAGAGCACUUCCAGAUCCAUCCAGUGCCUCCUUCUCAAAUACGAAAGGACGGCCGAGGCAGACCAGACAUCUGUGGAAAGGCUCCAGUGAGAUACAAAUCAAAACAGCAGAAAAUGGGAAAUCAGAGGAAACUGAGACAAUAUAGAGAGAAGAACAAAUUAAUAUUCUCGGAGAGAGGGUACUGCACGUAUCGAGAGAACCAAGAACAGGAAACCACGCAAAAAAGAAAAGAAGAGAAAAACCAGGGAACAUGAAAGCACUCUUGAGAAUUAAAAGAAAAGAAAAGGGUUCGUGACAACAUACUUAGUAAAUGGAUUGGAAUAUAGCAUGGAGGAAAUCUCCCAGAAAA